AUGUUGUCUACAGUCUUGCUGCUCUUCCUGUUCAUAAUUAGUCCAAGUUUUGCGUUUCCGGUGAGAGAUGGACCAAGUUAAUGAAUAAGUAAUUGCUCUUUCAAUUCCAGGACCCUGCCAAAGAAACACCAGCCACAAUAGAAGACGCCGAGAAGGUCGUGGAAACGUCAGCACAACAUGACUUCCCCUUCAACGUGAGUAAAUUAGGCGUUAUAUUUUAGGAUCACUGAGGCAUUUCUUCUUAUAAUUAUUAAGUACUUCAAUAAUUUUUACUUUCUGCAGAACCCAUCAACUUGACAAUAAUAAUUAACAGCCCCAUCACAUCUUUUAUUUAAUCUUUUGUUUCCAGGGCAUGGGCCGAAUUGGAAAUGGAUAUGGAAUGGGAGGAAUGGGCAUGGGGGAUGCUGGUAAGUACAUAAAAUAAUGCGACGACCUCCUAGCAGUUAGUUUCGACUUCAAUUGCAAGUGCCAAGCCAAGUCCAAUUUGCCGAAAAACAUGCAAGUGCCCACCGAUGCAAACCAAGCAGCCCAGCAACAGAUUAAUACGCUAAAUGAACAAAUCCGACGACUGAACGAUCAAUUGAGAAGAACACAACAAGGACAAAGCACGUUCGAGCAGUUCGGUGAGACCAUUUGUUUGUUAUGCAUCAUCCAUAAAAUGACGUUCCUGGAGAAAUGUUCCUGGUUAUGACAUGAAUUAAGCCCUGUCCAAACAUAUUUAUCAACUUUUUAGCUCAAAUCUUAUCGAUGGCUGACGGACUGGACUGCAAUUGCUCUGGCUCCUCAGCUCCUUUCAAUAACUUCCCCUUCGGCGGUGGAGAAUCCAGUAGAAUGGGUCCCAUGGGAGGUCAAAUGCCAUUCAUUCCCGGAGGGAAUAUGAUUGCAUCACCCAUGGGCCAACAAAGAAUGUUCCCAGGAAUGUUGGGGAUGUUCCCAUAA